AUGUUCUGGCGACUGGCCCUGCUGGCUCUUUGGGCAUCUUCCACCUCACAAGCUGGUGACUGGGACGAUGACACUUCCUUCAACCUUUUCAGUAUCAGUAACAUAAACCGCAAGACCAUCGGUGCCAAGCAGUUCCGAGGGCCCGACCCCAGCGUGCCAGCAUACCGGUUCGUGCGCUUUGACUACAUCCCUCCGGUGAACACCGCCGACUUCAUCAAGAUGGCCAAGAUGCUGCGGCGGGAGGAGGGCUUCUUCCUCUUGGUCACCAUGAAGCAGGACAGGAAGUCCCGGGGCACCCUUCUAGCCGUGGAGGGACCUGGCCCCGGGCAGCGACAGUUUGAGAUCAUCUCCAAUGGCCCGGCCGACACACUGGACCUCAUCUACUGGGUGGACGGGAAUCAGCACGUCAUCUCCCUGGAGGACGUGGGGCUGGCUGACUCCCAGUGGAAGAAUAUCACGGUGCAGGUGGCGGGCGAGACCUACAGCUUGUACCUGGGCUGCGAUCUGAUUGACAGCUUCACGCUGGACGAGCCCUUCUAUGAGCGGCUGCAGACCGAGCAGAGCAGGAUGUUCGUGGCCAAAGGGGCCUCCCGGGAGAGUCACUUCAGGGGUUUGCUUCAAAGUGUGUACUUGUCAUUUGACAAGUCUGUGGAAGACGUGCUGCGCAGGAAAGGUUGUCAUCGAGGCCAGGAAGUGGAAGUCAAUGCCAUCAGUGAGAACACAGAUACCCUCCACCUGAGCCCGCACAUCCCAUCUGAGUAUGUGGGCCAGAGACCUGAGAAGGAGCCACAGGUCUGUGAGCGCUCCUGUGAAGAACUGGGUAACAUGAUCAAUGAGCUCUCAGGACUGCACGUAAUUGUGAACCAGCUACACGAGAAUCUGAAGAAAGUGUCAAAUGACAACCAGUUCCUCUGGGAGCUUAUUGGUGGCCCUGCAAAGACCAAGAAUGUGACAGUGUGCUGGCAGGAUGGCCGGAUCUUCGCAGACAACGAGACAUGGGUGGUAGACAGCUGUACCACGUGCACUUGCAAGAAAUUUAAAACUGUUUGCCACCAAAUCACUUGCCCACCAGUGACGUGUGCAGAUCCAUUCUUCGUGGAGGGAGAAUGCUGCCCUUCCUGCUUCCGCUCUGAUGACAGUGACGAGGGCUGGUCUCCUUGGGCAGAGUGGACCGAGUGCUCUGCCACCUGUGGCUCAGGGACCCAGCAGAGAGGGCGGUCAUGUGACGUCACCAGCAACACCUGCCUGGGCCCUUCCAUCCAGACAAGACUGUGCAGUCUGGGCAAGUGUGACAACCGCAUUCGGCAAGAUGGAGGCUGGAGCCACUGGUCCCCUUGGUCCUCCUGUUCCACCACCUGUGGAGUCGGUAACAUCACACGCAUCCGGCUCUGCAACUCUCCGGUCCCUCAGAUGGGCGGCAAGAACUGCAAGGGAAGUGGCCGUGAGACCAAGAGCUGCCAGGGUGUCCCCUGUCCCAUUGAUGGCCGGUGGAGCCCCUGGUCCCCGUGGUCAGCCUGCACUGUCACGUGUGCCGGUGGUAUCCGAGAGCGUACCCGGGUCUGCAACAGCCCUGAGCCACAGCACGGAGGAAAGGCCUGCGUGGGUGACACGAAGGAACAGCACAUGUGCAACCGGAGGAGCUGCCCUGUUGAUGGGUGUCUGUCUAAUCCCUGCUUCCCGGGAGCAGAAUGCAACAGCUUUCCGGAUGGAUCCUGGUCCUGCGGGUCCUGUCCACCUGGCUUCCUGGGCAAUGGCACCCACUGCGAGGACUUAGAUGAGUGUGCCGUGGUCACUGAUGUCUGCUUCACCGCAAACAAGGCGCAUCGUUGUGUGAACACCAACCCUGGCUUCCACUGUUUACCUUGCCCUCCUCGCUAUAAGGGAAGCCAACCUUUUGGGGUCGGUCUGGAAGCAGCCAAGACUGAGAAGCAAGUGUGUGAACCUGAGAACCCAUGCAAAGACAAGACCCAUCAUUGUCACAAGAAUGCCGAGUGCAUCUACCUUGGCCACUUCAGUGACCCCAUGUACAAGUGUGAAUGUCAGACGGGCUACGCUGGGGAUGGCCUCAUCUGCGGGGAGGACUCAGACCUGGAUGGCUGGCCCAACAAGAACCUGGUCUGCGCCACCAAUGCCACCUACCACUGCAUCAAGGAUAACUGCCCCCAUCUGCCUAAUUCUGGGCAAGAAGAUUUUGACAAGGACGGGAUUGGAGAUGCGUGUGAUGAAGAUGAUGACAAUGACGGUGUGACCGAUGAGAAGGACAAUUGUCAGCUUCUGUUCAACCCCCGCCAGUUUGACUAUGACAAGGAUGAGGUUGGGGACCGUUGUGACAACUGCCCGUACGUGCACAACCCGGCACAGAUUGACACAGACAACAAUGGUGAAGGAGAUGCCUGCUCUGUGGACAUCGACGGGGAUGAUGUCUUCAAUGAGCGAGAUAAUUGCCCAUAUGUCUACAACACUGACCAGAGAGACACUGAUGGCGAUGGGGUAGGCGAUCACUGUGACAACUGUCCCCUCGUGCACAAUCCUGACCAGACCGAUGUGGACAAUGACCUUGUUGGGGACCAAUGUGACAACAAUGAGGACAUUGAUGAGGAUGGCCACCAGAACAACCAGGACAAUUGCCCCUACAUCUCUAACGCCAACCAGGCAGACCAUGACAGUGAUGGCAAGGGAGAUGCUUGUGAUUCAGAUGAUGACAAUGACGGCAUCCCUGAUGACAGGGACAACUGUCGGCUUGUCUCCAACCCUGACCAGGAGGACUCAGAUGGUGAUGGGCGGGGUGAUGCCUGUAAAGAUGACUUUGACAAUGACAGUAUCCCGGACAUUGAUGAUGUGUGUCCUGAGAACAAUGCCAUCAGCGAGACUGACUUCAGGAACUUCCAGAUGGUCCAUCUGGACCCCAAGGGUACCACUCAAAUAGACCCCAACUGGGUGAUCCGUCACCAAGGCAAGGAGUUGGUCCAGACAGCAAACUCUGACCCUGGCAUCGCUGUAGGUUUCGAUGAAUUUGGGUCUGUCGACUUCAGUGGCACAUUUUAUGUCAAUACCGACCGGGAUGAUGAUUACGCCGGUUUUGUCUUCGGCUUUCAGUCAAGCAGCAGGUUCUAUGUGGUGAUGUGGAAACAAGUCACUCAGACCUACUGGGAGGACCAGCCCACACGGGCAUAUGGCUACUCUGGAGUGUCCCUCAAAGUGGUCAACUCCACAACUGGCACUGGCGAGCACCUGCGGAAUGCGCUGUGGCACACAGGGAACACAGAGGGACAGGUGCGGACAUUAUGGCACGAUCCCAAAAAUAUUGGCUGGAAAGACUACACAGCCUACAGAUGGCAUCUGAUUCACAGACCCAAGACAGGCUACAUAAGAGUGCUAGUGCAUGAAGGCAAGCAGGUCAUGGCUGACUCCGGGCCGAUCUAUGACCACACAUAUGCCGGUGGAAGGCUGGGCCUGUUUGUCUUCUCUCAAGAGAUGGUCUAUUUCUCGGACCUCAGAUAUGAAUGCCGAGAUCAACAAUGGUCUGGGGACCCCAUUAAAUGUAACAGUCCUAAAGAACGUGCAAGUUUUGGGUUUGGGUCCAACAAUACAACGGUGAAAGGAUGA